AUGUAUUUCUUCCAAAUUUUAUCACUUGCUAUACAACCGCUUUUUGUUGCUACUUCUGCCGCAUUGAGACAGAACGUCGUCUUCCAAUUCCCUCCUGAUCCGAACAACGAGACGCAAGUCAUUCAAUUCUUUUUUGGGAGCCUUGUCAACGAGACAGGCGCUGCAAUAAAAGGAACCAACCUAGUAAGCGGAAGCUUCAUCAUCGAUGGCACAUACUGCACUCCAGGAUCCAGUCACGACGUUAAUGUCCUUGAGAUUCUUGUGCAUGGCAUCAGCUACGACAAGUCUGUUUGGUCAAGUCUCGGCCUGGGCAACGAGACUUUGAAUUGGCAAUUGUACGCCGCUAGUCAGGGCUAUGCUACGCUCGCUAUCGACAGAUUGGGACAUGGCACAAAUCCCCAGCAUCCCGACCCGUUGAAUGUCGUACAGGGCUGGCUACAGCUUGAUAUCUUGCACCAGCUUAUUGAAACCAUCCGCUCGAUUCCACGCAAUGGACUUUGCCGUACCUUCGAUAGAAUCGUCUACGUUAGCCACUCUUAUGCUGGUUGGCUCGGGACUGGACUCGCAGCAGCCCAUCCGAAGGACGUGGACGCGAUAGUGCUGACGGGGUUUAGUGUUGCCUUUAGCAAUAGCGGGUUCGAAUCUACUCAGGUCGUAUCUGCAGCCAACAUGAAUCCGAAGCGAUUCCCAAGCUUUCCGCUAGGUUAUAUCACUAUCGCGCAAGAGUCCCAACGAGAGGCGCUCUUCUAUGCUGGGGGAUAUAGCCACAUAAUUGCCGAGCAAGAUUAUGCGGUACAGGACACAUGGACAAUAGGGGAGACGGGCAAUUUAGGGUUUUUCGUGCCGGCCGUCAACUACACUGGACCUCUUUACAUUACAGCGGGUGAAGAAGAUAUCAUUUUUUGCACAGCUCCAGGAGCGACGUGCGAGGAUUUGUUGAAUAGCACCCGCGAGCUAUUUCCUGGUGUGACGGAGUUUGGUUUUAAAGCGAUUAGUGACACUGGUCAUACUUUGAUGUUGCAUGAUUCGGCACCUGAGAUGUUCGCAGAAGUUCAUGACUUUUUGGGCAAAGUUUUAAGCAACUGA